UCUCAAUCGCAUGGUGUGGAGUGUAGAAUAGCGGUUGUACAGUAUUGCAUAGUAUUCAGUUGUAUUAUUGAUUGUAUAAUUUGAUUGUGUCUGAAGAAUAUUUGAAAAAAUAUAAAAUUAUUUGUCUUUGAAAGUACGCUGAAAUUUAGGUGUGAUUUAAUAUCUGAUAUUGAAUACAAUCUUACAAAAAUGAAUCAAGAUACAGAUAGUGAUUCGGAAAGUUUAUCAACUGAUUCAACUUCAUCAAUGUCAGACAGUGAUGAUGAUAGAAUAUCUGACAGAAUUUCUCUUACCGAGAAGUCAGAAGCUGCAGCAUUACUUUCCACAGACAAUGAUGAUGAAGAAGAGAAUGAAGUUGUCAAAUCUAUAUUAGAUGGGAAGAAAUUGAACAGGAACCAUCCACCAUCUAUUAUAUUGGAAGAUAUGAUAACAGAUAUAUGUUUUCAUCCUAAAGUAGAUACUAUAGGUGUAGCUAGUAUUACAGGAGAUAUUUUUCUAUAUACAUAUAACAAUGAAGAAACUAAUCUUGUAUCAACUAUAGAAUCUCAUCUUAAAGCUUGCCGGGACAUUGAGUUUAGUGCAGAUGGACUAUCGUUAUUCUCAGUUGGAAAAGAUCUAUGUAUAGCGAUAACUGAUGUAGAAACUAAAAAACUAACUAGGUUCUAUGAGAAGGCCCAUGAGCAACCUAUAUAUACGAUGACAAUAAUCAACGAACACGUGUUUGCAACAGGCGAUGAUGAUGGUGUAGUAAAAUUAUGGGAUCUCAGGCGAAAGGGAAGUGAGCCAAUAUGUUCUAUAAAAAAGGUAGAAGAUUACAUCAGCGCAAUGAUAACGAAUAGAGAAGCCAAGUAUUUGGCUUGUGCGAGUGGUGAUGGUUGUCUGACGACUUUAAACAUACCGGAAAGAAAGAUGCAUGUACAGUCUGAGGAGUACGAUGAGGAACUUACGUGUCUUGGUUUGUUUAAAAUGGAAAGUAAAUUAUUAUUGACUACUAGCAAGGGAAAAAUGUACAUCUAUAAUUGGGGAGAAUUUGGACUACAUUCGGAUGAAUUUCCAAACAUCACGAAGAAGGCCAUAAACUGUAUGAUUCCUAUAACAGAAAAUGUUGCAAUAACCGGAGGAGAGGACGGAAUACUUAGGGCGACGAGUUUGUUUCCUCAUCAGCAUCUUGGCAUAGUAGGACAGCAUGAUUUUUCUGUUGAAACACUCGAUAUCAGCAACAACGGAACUUUAAUAGCGUCUUCUUCGCAUAACAAUGAUAUCAAAUUCUGGAAUGUACAAUAUUUUGAAACUUUAAAUGUUAAUCAAACCAUAAAAGGUGGGAAGAAAAAACAACUGGUGCAUAAUCUUCCCAGCAGUCAGAUUAAAAAUCAAUCAGAUUUCUUUGCAGAAAUGUAAUUUUAAUAAUUUUUUGCAAAUAAAUUAUAUAAUUAAUAUACUGCCUAA